GGGAAAAAACAAAGAACCAACGGCGGGAACUAGGGCUUUGCCCCGAUCCCCAUUCUUCCAUUGCCGAUUUCCAUUUCUCAUAUAUUCUCGAAUUGUUUGUUCGCUACGAUUAUUCUUUUUUUUUAAACAUUCUUUGAUCGAAUUCUUUCUUUUGUUUUGAUCAUUUGUCCCCUCCCCGAUUCUUUGCUUCAUUGUUUGACCUCUCUGAUUGAUUCACUACUCUUAUGGAAUUGAACGAGAAGAAGGACGAUCCGGCAGUGGAAGAACCGAAGCUCUCAGAUCUGGGCUUCGCCUACCUUCGACCCGUCGGCGCUGUCAACGGCGAUCUUGUUUGCCUUCGAUCCGACAGGGUCUACACCGUCGGCCGGAGGCGUCGCCACUGCGACCUCGUUCUCCCUGACCGAUGCAUAAGCAAUCGUCACUGCCAGGUCUUCCUUGACGGGGCUUAUCGCAAGCUCCGGUUACUUGACGGUUUCCUUCUUCCCCGCCGCUCCCACUUGCGCGAGAUUAGGCGGGGUUUUCGGUCCGAAACCUGCUGCACCGGCUCUAGAGUUUCGCGCAAUGGGGUGUUUGUCAAUGGUCGCAGGGUUCGGCGAGGGGCGGUUGCUGAGUUGGCUGUCGGGGAUGAGGUGCUCUUUUCUUGCAGGAGUGGAACGAGAUACGGCUGUAGAAUUAAACGUGGAUUUUCUGUGGAGCUGAUCGUUUUUUCUGAGGUAAAGAUCGACCGUCAUAAUCCACUUUUCACCAGGUUGGAAUGCGGAGAUGUAGAUCCCAAGUCACUAGUUUUGUUGAGACAUCUGAGAAGUACACUGUCCAGCAACGAUCCGGUGUCCUAUCUUAGGAAUCUCAUCAAUCUACCUCCAGCGUUGGAACAUGCCUUGCGUGCUUCUCUAGAUUCUGACAAAUGCGCCGAGUGGGAUAAUGGGCAGAUUAAUCACAGCCUACCAGAUGACGCCGCUAUUCAUAUAGUUCAGAGCAGAAAUUCCAAUUCGAAGAAUGAUGGAGCCAUUGAAAGUAGUAAUUGUGAAACCCUCUUAGCUGACGGAAGGGGUUUCAAUCACUCUGAUGGAAGGACGUUCUUCCUAAAUCGUCUCAAGUCCAUAGGUCCUAGCACAUCUGACUACUGUGAAGGAGUGUCUCUGGCUGAGCUUCUUCAUCCUUUGAAAACUGUGGUUCGAAUUUUUAUUGCAACAUUUACAUGUGAUGUUUCUUGGUUUUUAUCAUGUUUUCAAGUGCCAAAUCACCUAGAAAUUACAAUUGCAUGCCACAAUACUGAAAGAUGCUGGAGUGCUGAUCAAGAUAGUAGGACAUCACAACCAUAUGUAAAUUAUCCAAACUUAUUGUUGGUUUACCCCAUGUUUCCUGAUGAAAUAGCAUUUGGGAAAGACCGCAAAAAACAGGGUGUUGCAUGCCAUCACCCUAAACUUAUUGUGUUGCAGAGGGAUGAAAGUCUUAGAGUUAUAGUUACCUCUGCAAAUUUGGUUCCAAAACAGUGGGAUCGUAUAACAAACACUGUUUGGUGGCAAGAUUUUCCUUGUAGAGCUACUCCUGAUUAUUCAGCUUUAUUUGAAGAAACUGAACUGAAAAUUGACUUUGCUGCUCAACUAGCUGGGUUUGUAGCAUCUCUGCUUGUUGAUGUGCCCAGUCAAGCACACUGGAUUAACGAGUUGUCAAAGUAUGACUUUGAAGAAGCUACAUGUUACCUUGUUGCUUCAGUACCUGGGAUCCAUUCUUCAAGCCCUUGUAAUCUUGAGGCUCAUUACUGCUUGUCGGCCAAACAGAUCAAACAAUGUAAAACUUCAGCUGGAAACCUUCUUGGAUCAGUUCAAACAACUGUUGUUGGUUUACACUAUCGGUUUCAUACUUCUUUUGACCCAAAUGGUGGUCAGUUAAAGUUUCUAGCUUCACUUUUAAGAAGAUGCUCGGAGAGUACAAGUGGAACUGUAGAAGUUCUCUUGAAAAGGAUUACAAAUAUAAAGGCAGAUGAUAAUGCUGUAAGCAUAGUUGUUGCUGCAGAUUUAGGUGAACUUUGUGAAGGAGAUUUCAUGCAACUUGGUUUUCUACCUAGAGAUGUUGCAAGGUGGGUGUCUCCUCUCAGUGACAUUGGAUUCUUCAGUUUUUCAGCCUUCAUCUACCCUAAAGAAGUCAUUGCAGCUGCAAUUGGUGAAAGAAGCAUGAAAAUACAACUAUUGAUUAAUGUCUCAAAGGGGUCAAGAUUUACUGAAAUGCCAAAUUUGAUCACUCCUGAGCAUUUUGUUUCUUUGUGCUUGCUUGUUGCAUCUCUGCAGAGGCGUCUUGGACUUUGGCGCUUAAGAGAGGUCUUGUCUCAAUAUAGGUGGCCUGAGUCACUAGAGGUUGAUUUUGUGUAUGGUGCAUCCUCAAUUGGAGCUUCAGUCGAUUUGCCCUUUUUUUCUGCUUUCGCAGCUGCAGCUGGGAAAAAAUCCUGUUACUAUCCUGAUUCUGAGGAGUCUGAUCCUGAAUGGGGUCACUGGAGUAUAGCUAAUGAGCUAAAGCGACCAUCUAUUAAGAUCUUGUUCCCCACCAUUGAACGAGUUAAAAAUGGGCACUGUGGCAUCCACAGUUCCAGACGCUUGCUCUCUCUUUCAGAGAAAACUUGGCAAAGGCUAAAAAUUGCUGGUAUAUUUCAUGAUGCUGUUCCUCGUCCAUGUGAAAGAGUAGGGUACCCAAUGCACGUCAAGCUAGCCCAGAGACAAUUCCUGUCGGGAAAUGGAAUGACCACAUUUGGCUGGAUAUAUGUUGGAUCACACAACUUCAGUCCUGCUGCUUGGGGACGUACCUUGCUACCUUCAUCCAAAUCAAAGGUUUCUGAAGCUUCUACUACUACAAAAUUGCAUAUCUGUAAUUAUGAGCUCGGAAUUAUCCUGAUUGUUCCCCCAACUGACCAUUCCAAAAGAGAGAAUGUCAAUAACUUUAAUCUUAAGGAUAUUAUUCUUCCAUUUGUGAUGCCUGCACCAAUAUACAAAGAUGAUGAUAGGCCUGCAACAGCACAGGCCAUGCGUGAAGCCUUGUCUGAAGCUACACUUCAGUCUCUGCCACAUGAUUCUUUACCAGAAGAUGGUAUGGAAGAUAAGGAUUUCCUUGGAGAGGAGGAAAUGUUUGAGGAACCUAUCUUUCCCAAUGAGGAGAACGAUGAAGAGAGAGUUUAUGCAGAGAUGCUUUGGAGCCAGGUUGACUCUUCUGGAAGUUGAACUAUAUGAAACCCCAUCAAUUUGUAUGACCAUUUGGUUUUAGGGAUCUUUCUGCAGAAGAUAUGAGCUCUGGUCAAAGUUUGGAGAAUUCUCUGGGCGCCAAUUGAAUCUUAUCCAAAGAUUUGCUGAGCCUUCUUGCAGUUAGUGAUUCUUUGGGUGCUAUUGAUGCAAGUACUGAAUUCUUGAGACAUUUUGAGCUGCAUUUACAUAUGACUAGGAUAAAAUGGGCUCCUGAAGGAAUUGUGAAUGUGUUGCUUGGGUUAUGCUGUCUUGGAAAUGAACAGUGAAUUCCUACCUCGAAUCUGUACAAAUAUAUUUGUUUUCAGUAGAAAAUGAAUGUAUGCCUAGAACCUUGAUCCAGACCCAAGUUGGUACAUGAAUGAGGAUCUUGCACAAAGACAAUGCGCAAACUGAUUUUCUGAUAGAGUUUGAACAGUUCCACUUUGCUCUAUAAAAGGUAUAGUCAGUAGUGAGAAUAUAAUCAAAUGAGUCAUGUAUCUAUAUUCUGACUUUUUUUUCUUUCUUGUGUAUCCAUUUCAUCAAAUGAGUUAUGUAUCCAUAUUCUGUCCGAUUAUUCUCGUGUUGACCUUCUGCACAAGCCAACUGUUCGAGAAAUUAGUGUCUGUUUGGGAAAUUAGUGUACUAAAGUGAGCUUAUUUGUACAUACUGAGGUUUGCAAUUGGGUAGUGCCUAAUUUGAUUGGAUUUGCCAGGGUAUAUUUGCAACCAAUCAUUGUUUAUGCAUAUUCAAGUUAUUGCAACCCGGAAACUCUCCUAUUUGCUAUAAGUGUGCUUUGUUUACAACUCAAAA